CAUGUUAAGAAACGUGGAUUUUCUGCGCAUGUGUUAGUUGGACGCGUCUUCCGUUACCUAGUGACGGGUACUUUUGCUUAGUGAGAGAAUUAUGAGGGAGUUAAACUAGAAGGUAAAUGCAUUUUUCUCCAUCUUCUGGCUGUCAGGAUGUUCUCUGUAGACCUGGACAGUUUGGAUGAGACAACAUGCAACAUGGUGGUUUGCCAGCAUCCAUCCUGUUGGGAAAGCAUAAGACGGCUAUACCGUGGCUGUCCACGCUUCUUUUCUAUGAAUAGAAACUUUUCAUCAGAGGAUACUUCUGAAAAUGAAGAUGGUUUGCCAACCUUGAAAAUUACAGAUUUAACAAGCUCUGUUUUUUCUUCUGAUGGAACUCAACCCUUCUGUAUGUAUAAGGCCUACCCCACUGAGAAGAAAUGUCAUCCCUUCCACUUUCAAUCACUAAGCCGCAGCUUUGCAGACAGAGUUAUUGAGGAGAGUAUGGAGAGGCUUCAUUUUCCUGGAAUGAAUUCACCCCAGAACUUCCAGAGCUUUUUGCAGAAAAGCCAAAGCAACAUGAAGAAGUUAGAGGUGAUGGAAUGUACAGAGAAUGAGUCCUUAGGACACUCUUUCCCCUCUACUGGCAACAGCUCCUUUGUUGUUUGGGUGCCCAACAAGCAGUGGAAACCAUUCAAAGAUGAGCACGACAACUUAAAAUCUGCUGGUGGUAUCUGUGUGAAGGAGCUGAUCUUGGAUAAUCUCCAAAGAGACAGUGGCUGUUAUGGUGCUGUUCAAGAGAGUGAUGCAGAAAUGAAAAGGCAGAAGACAAGGAAAGUCCCAACUGGUGGGCAGCCUUACAAUCUGCACUUCCCUGGAUCACAUUCUCAAACAAAUCGGUUUGUUUCUUCCCCACUGCAAAUGAAAGGGCAUGAUACAGUGCCAUCAUAUGCUGAAAUAAAGCCAGUUAGCCGGCGAGUAAAUCCAAGACUUGACAAUGUUCUUCAGCCAAAGAAAGAAGACAUAUCAGAGGUACCGUGUGGAUCCUUUCCUUCCUUAAAACAGGUGGAGCCCAAAGCAUUCACUCUGGAAAACAGGAGAAUCAUUUUGCAUGACAGCAAAGAAAAGAAGAUGAAUACAUUGUUAGCAGAAAACAUGAAGUGUGUGUACAAACUGGAUAAAAUGCCUUCAGCUACUCAGAAGAGGGGAGGUGUGAAGUUAGCCAGUAUUCGUAACCAGCCAUACCUCUGGAAGAAGUAUGUUUCUGUAGCUGGAUCUUCUGGCAUCAUUGACACUUCAGGUUCCCUUCUUUCUCAUUAUCAACAGCAGAGCAGAGGAUUUUCCAGGUCUCUGGACCCUAACAGUAACUUUGGUUUUUACCCAAGUCUGGUUGGAACUGCCAUGGUGAACUCAAGAGAGCCCAAGGAAGAUCAGUCAGCUGGAUUAAUGACCCCUCGGCUCCCCAGUCCAUCCAUUGAGAAGCUUUCAGAUUUUGAUGAAAAUGCUUCAACUAUUUUAGCAACAGGUUCCGUUGGCUCCUGUGAAACAAUGGCUGAAGAGGACUCAUCCAGUAGCACAAAACAUCUACUACAUCAGCCUUCAGUGAAGAGCAAAUUCAUUUCUAAUAAAGAUCUGAAAACACAGCCAGAGAAUAAGGUGGAUGAUGGGGCACCUUUAGAAAACAACUUGUAUGCAGAACUUGGAGAAGGAGAAGCGAGUUGUCAAGAAACAAAAGCUGAACCUUGUCAUCCAUCCCUGACAGUUGAUAGCACUGCUGAUAUCCUUCAAGAACAAUUAUGUGUGACAGAAGGAAAUGCUUCUCCUCUUCAGGAGAACACAACAGAUAAGCAGCAGAAGCAACAUAUGAAUGAAGGGCCCUGUCCUGAUACCCCUCCCCCAUCUCCUUCACUGCUAAAUUCAGAAAAUGAGGAAGACAACUCUACCCCAUGAAGGUGGACAUUAAAUAAAUACAUUUACUCCUACACACACCAGACCUUUGUGUAAAUAGUGAAGGAAACACAAUUAUUGUAUGGUUUCAUAAUCACUGCAGAUAUAUGGAGUUAAUACUUGUCCUUAUUUUUUCAGGGCAGUCAUGAUAUGGGUAGUUGUUUUCUAGACAAAAAACAUGAAAAUGGCAAAAGUCCUCUUAUUAAUGCACAACUGUGUUUUCUAACAUUACUCUCAGUGUGGAAUAAAACAAUGAUAAACUUGUAAACUUCUAUAGCUAUGGGUCUUAAAUGUGACAAUAAAGGAGAGUAAAGUCAAAAUAAGUUAUUUA